AUGGAAGCCAGAGCCGCUGAGACCGACACGGGUGAACAGGAAAUUCGGUACAGUGCCGAGCCCUGCCGGAGGGGAUUCGGACAGAUCCUGGUUGCUGUUUACACAGAUGAGGCUGUCGCUGGUCGAAUGCCCCUGUUGUUCAAACAGCCCCCAGAGACCAAGCCCAUUCUGACGAUUGCGGACCUCCGUGAUGAGUUCGAGCAGUUUCGGAUGUGGGCUAGCAACAUUGGAGUAUUUGCGUCCGAUCAUGCAUCUCUCGACUUGUCUAUCCUCCUCAAGGAAGACCGACAAUAUGUGGAUGAAGUUCCAUCUGAGCUGUCUGAUUCAGAUGACGCCAGUGGUUCCGACAGCGAACCCCAGACCAAACACUUGACGGAUCUCGAACUUUUGAUUUUGGAAAUCGAGAAUCGUCUUGAGCAUAUCCCGGACGUUAUUACUAAACUAAUCCAUCUCGCCUGUGUCAUUCGAGUUUCGGGCGUCAGAAGUCGCCGAAUCAAAGCCGCAACCUAUCACCACGACGACGAGGAUGGUGUCAAUCAAUCCGAAAUCUUCGAGAUGACAAAUUUGCCAUCAGUCCUCCGGAGUCGAUACUAUGUUAAUGAAUCUCUGCUGGCAAGACUGUGCAAGGCGAUCUCUUCGCGACGCCGGCAAUUUAUGUGUCAGCAAAAGCACCAGAAACGGCUCGCUUAUAGCGGAACGACUUCAAACGAUUCAACUCUGUCCGCUCAUUCCUAUUAUCCUCUGGCACCAGAGCAGAUGGGUUCAUUCCGGAACUUAAGCAGCUCAAAGGCAGAAUCUCCCCGGCGGAUAGUUCGCCAAAACGGCACCCACAGUGCAAUCACCGGACAAACACUUGCAACGACAUUCCGAGGAGGGGCUUUAAAGAGGCCAGUUGCAUCAACGGUAGUGGCAUCAACCACUAAAUUCAUGAUGAGCAGCGUUGAGUUUCCGCCGCCACCUCCAAUACUGAACAGAGCCAGUCAUUUCCAGUGCCCUUAUUGUUGUCUUCUUAUGGAGGAGCGAAAGCGGGAACCUACACUUUGA